AUGGGUCUCACGCUUAGUCGGUUAUUUGCGAGACUGUUCGGGAAGCGCGAGAUGCGCAUUCUCAUGGUCGGGCUCGACGCUGCCGGGAAGACGACGAUCCUGUACAAACUGAAACUGGGCGAAAUCGUUACCACGAUCCCGACGAUCGGCUUCAACGUCGAGACCGUAGAAUAUAAAAAUAUAUCGUUCACGGUAUGGGACGUAGGUGGUCAGGAUAAGAUUCGCCCGUUGUGGCGUCACUACUUCCAGAACACGCAGGGAAUCAUUUUCGUGGUGGAUAGCAACGAUCGGGAGCGCCUUCCCGAGGCUCGCGAGGAACUCCAUAAGAUGCUAGCUGAAGAGGAGUUGCGCGAUGCGCAUCUUCUCGUAUUCGCGAAUAAGCAGGAUCUGCCCAACGCGUACUCGGCGAGCGAGAUCACCGAGAGACUGGCGCUGCAUACGCUGCGUCAACGCAACUGGUAUGUGCAAAGUUGUUGCGCAACAACUGGCGACGGUCUUUUCGAGGGCCUCGAAUGGCUCUCUCAACAACUGGAUGAUAAAUACUGA